AUGACUUCACACGAGGGCGAAGUGCCUCACCGCACUCUUUCGAGAAUCCCAACAUACGGCAACAAUCCAGGGGAAAUAGAUCCAACGGAUCUGCCCCUUGGCCAAGUCAAUGAUGAUGCCAAUCUCGAAGAGUACAUUGUGGAAACGAGGACGGGAAACAUCAUAAAAAGCGUGAAAUCCAAUGUGACCGAUAAGAUGGAAGAUUGGAAGCUGGUUACCUUUCGCAUCGACGACCCUGAGAACCCGAAAAACUGGUCCAAAGCAAGGAAGUGGUAUUACACAAUGGUUGUCGCCUGGACAUGCUUUGUUGUGGCCUUUGCCAGUGCUGUCGUUACUGCUGGCCUAGAAGGCCCUUCUAAGGAUUUCCACGUAUCGGAAGAAGUUUCACUCCUGACAGUCACUGUAUUCGUCAUUGGCUUUGGUGUUGGUCCAAUGGUGUUCGCUCCCUUAUCCGAAAUGAUUGGACGACGACCAGUCUACGCCAUAACCCUGUUUAUCGCGGUGAUUUUUGAAAUUCCGUGUGCUGUGGCACCUAAUAUCGGUACAUUGAUUGUCUGUCGUGCUAUUGAUGGAAUAGCUUUCAGCGCGCCCAUGACUUUAGUUGGAGGAACAUUGGCCGAUCUGUGGAAGAAUGAAGAGCGUGGUGUUCCAAUGGCAGCUUUCAGCGCAGCGCCUUUUAUUGGGCCAGCAAUUGGGCCCUUGGCAGGCGGGUUUCUCUUCGAUGCUGCGGGCUGGAGAUGGCUCUAUUGGAUUCAACUGAUCCUCUCCGGUAUUGCCUGGGCUAUGAUCACUUUCACUGUGCCAGAAACCUACACUCCAGUGUUGUUGAAAGCGCGCGCGAAGAAGUUACGCAAAUCCGAGGAUGAUCCAAAAUACGUGACAGAACAAGAGCUGGAUCCUCGAUCAACAGGGGAAAAGCUCCGAAUUUUCAUGCUCCGUCCAUUCCAGCUACUGUUCAUGGAGCCUAUUGUUUUGUUCAUUUCCAUAUACAUGUCUGUUCUUUAUGGACUUUUGUACAUGUUUUUCAUCGCAUACCCAGUCGUUUACCAGAGGGGAAAAGGGUACAGUCCCGGAAUUACUGGCCUCAUGUUCAUUCCUCUAGCCUUGGGAGUUGUUGCUAGUGCUUUCUGCGCUCCUUUGGUGAAUAAGCACUACAUAGGCCUUUGCCAAAAACACAAUGGCAAGCCACCAGCAGAGGCACGCCUGAUUCCAAUGAUGUUUUCUUGCUGGCUGAUUCCUGUUGGCCUGUUUAUCUUUGCAUGGACCUCGUACCCCCGUCUCCAUUGGAUUGGACCGGCUAUUGGAGGAUUCCCUGUCGGCUUUGGCUUCAUUUUCUUGUACAACUCUGCAAACAAUUAUCUCGUGGAUACGUACCAGCACCAAGCCGCAUCAGCUCUCGCAGCCAAAACAUUCUUGCGAUCGAUGUGGGGAGCAGGAUGCGUCCUUUUCACAAUCCAAAUGUAUAACAGAUUGGGCUACCAGUGGGCCAGCUCGCUUCUCGGCUUCCUUGCUCUCGCCUGCUGUGCUAUUCCUUAUGUGUUUUACUUUUACGGCGAGCGAAUUCGUCGACACUCGCACUUUGCUUAUUGUGAAGACGAGGAGACAAAAGCAGUGCCGCCCGAGGAAUGA